AUGUUUUGUUUUGCGCUGCUGACUUGUUUGCUCUGCAUGGGACAAGCGGCAGGACAGAGAGACGGUGAAAUUAUAAAUCAGAUGAAAAUGUCAAACCACGCCUUGUCGGAGAUAAAAGAGCUUCUGAAGCAAAUGAUUAAAGAGAUGGUAUUCCUCAAGAAUACAGUGAUGGAUUGUGAAGCCUGUGGUGAGGGGCUGCAUCAUCCUUCCUGUGUCCCCGACCCUUGUUACCCUGGUGCAAGGUGUAUGGAGACCCCUCGUGGUCCAAGUUGUGGACCCUGUCCAGAUGGCAUGGAGGGCAAUGGCACCCACUGCACUGAUGUGGAUGAGUGCUCAGUGGCGCCGUGCCACAUGGGUGUGCGGUGCAUCAACACCUCGCCAGGGUUCCGCUGUGGUUCCUGUCCUGCGGGAUACACUGGACCUCAGCUACACGGCAUCGGCAUUGCUUACGCCGGCGCCAACAAGCAGGUGUGCAAGGACAUCAAUGAGUGUGACAGCCACACAAAUGGUGGUUGUGCAGAGAAUUCCAUCUGUAUCAACACUCCGGGCUCCUUCAGAUGCGGCCCGUGUAAAAAGGGCUACGUAGGAGACCAGCGACGCGGCUGCAAGCUCGAGAGAAUGUGCGGGGAUGGCCAGGCGAACCCCUGUCAUGCCAGCGCGGAGUGCGUCAUCCGUCGAGAUGGCAACAUUGAAUGUCAAUGCGGAAUUGGUUGGGCCGGGAACGGAUUCCUGUGUGGACCAGACGUCGACAUUGAUGGCUUCCCGGACGAAAAACUGGACUGUCCUGAGACGAACUGUGCCAAGGAUAAUUGUCUCACAGUACCCAACUCUGGUCAAGAGGAUGCUGAUCGUGAUGGAAUCGGAGAUGCCUGUGAUGACGAUGCAGAUGGAGAUGGGAUCCCCAACACACAGGACAACUGCGUACUGGUGCCCAACGUGGACCAAAGGAACAUCGACGAAGACGACUUUGGCGAUGCUUGCGACAACUGCGCAGCUGUCAAAAAUAACGACCAAAAGGACACCGAUGUGGACAAAUAUGGUGAUGAAUGCGAUGAAGAUAUCGACGGGGAUGGAAUCCCCAAUUACCUGGAUAACUGCAAAAGAGUUCACAAUGCUGACCAGAAAGAUCGUGAUGGAGACCAAGUUGGAGACGCCUGUGAUAGCUGUCCCUAUGUUCCCAACCAAGACCAGGUUAGAAUGCUCUUCAACAUAUAUGGCCGCAGUAAAUCACGAUUAUCUGCCUGUAGCUAGCAUAACCUAACACCAACUCCCACUUCCCAGUCGGAUGCGGACAACGACCUAAUCGGAGACCCUUGCGACACUAACAAAGACAGCGAUGGCGACGGUCACCAAGACUCUCGAGACAACUGCCCAGCCGUUAUCAACAGUUCCCAGCUGGACACCGACAAGGACGGCAUCGGAGAUGAAUGUGAUGACGACGAUGACGACGAUGGCAUUCCGGACCUGCUCCCGCCAGGUCCUGAUAACUGUCGUUUAAUCCCAAAUCCCCUACAAGAGGACUCUGAUGGCAAUGGCGUAGGUAAUGUGUGUGAAAGGGAUUUCGACAACGACACCAUCAUUGACACCAUCGACGUUUGUCCUGAAAACGCCGAGGUCACGCUGACUGACUUCAGGGAAUACCAAACUGUGGUUUUAGAUCCCGAGGGUGACGCUCAGAUUGACCCCAACUGGGUGGUGCUGGACCAGGGGAGAGAGAUUGUCCAGACGAUGAAUAGUGAUCCUGGGUUGGCUGUUGGUUACACUGCCUUCAGUGGUGUUGAUUUCGAAGGGACAUUUCAUGUCAACACAGUGACGGACGACGACUAUGCAGGAUUUAUUUUUGGUUACCAGGACAGCUCUAGUUUUUAUGUGGUCAUGUGGAAGCAGGUGGAACAGAUCUACUGGCAGGCCAACCCAUUCAGAGCCGUGGCAGAACCUGGCAUCCAACUGAAGGCUGUCAAGUCCAACACCGGCCCUGGUGAGAAUCUGAGGAACGCCUUAUGGCAUACUGGCGACACAAGUGAUCAGGUGAAACUUCUGUGGAAAGAUGCUCGCAAUGUUGGCUGGAAAGAUAAGACCUCUUAUCGCUGGUUCCUCCAGCACCGACCCGCUGAAGGAUACAUCCGGGUCCGCUUCUAUGAAGGUCCUCAGAUGGUAGCCGACACAGGUGUCAUUAUUGAUGGCACCAUGAGGGGAGGUCGACUUGGAGUCUUCUGCUUCUCCCAGGAGAACAUAAUCUGGGCCAACCUGCGUUACCGCUGCAAUGACACUUUACCAGAAGACUUCGACACCUAUCAUGUGCAGCAGGUUCUGCUGGUGGCCUGAAGAAAAUGAACAAGCCCUGCGACAAGCUCCACCCAAAAUGACAGGAUCAGUUUGACAGCCUGAUGUAGACACAGAAGACGCCCCCGCAGAUGAAAACAGAAGAGGAAAGUCAACAUAAGAUUUUUGUUUGGAGGCUAUGGACCAUAGUUCAUUUUUGUUGUUGAAAAAUGCCACUCAAGAAUUAUAUUGGAUUUUUUUUGGUUACUGACGCGUGGAGUAUGCAGUUAGUCAUCCUUGAUAAAAAUGUUUGAUACUGCUGCAAUAUUGUACAUUCAUUCUCAAGUAUGCCAGACAUUUGGUCACAGUUGUGGUCAGAAGUUUACAUAUACUCAUCACAGGCAUAUGACAUUGUCCUAUCAUUGACUUUUUAUUUUAAUAACUGAGUUCUUAAAUGGUACCUGGACAUCCACACCAAUAAUAUUGUCCCUUGCAAGUUGCACUUCAACAGAACUGACCUAACUAUCCACAAAUAUUUCACUAUUCAACUUUUUGGCAGACUGGUAGUGUUCAUUUAUAUUGGUUGAUUUCCUGGCACAGACCCUGCAUAUUAGCAUCAUACAUUUAAAAAAAAAAAUGGACUUGAGGUCCAGGCUUCCUGAACCUUCUACUACUCCAAAAUCAGUUUUAAUGUGUGAUCAGGAUCGUUGACCUGAUUUGAACACCCAGUUCUGUCCUGAUUUCCGCAUACAUUUAUUUGAGGUAAACAUGAAAGAUUUAGAGAUGGUCUUUUCCCCCCCAGUUCAUAUUCCCACUUGUGCAUUGUACCUGUACUAGUACCAACGACAGCGGCCCGAGAGCAUUAUGUUCCUUCCACUAUGAUUGACAGUUGUUAAUUUUUUUUUUUUUUUUUGAAAGCUUCACCUUGACUCUUCCAAGAUCCAAAGCUUGAAAGGUCCCCAGGGCACCUUCCUUGGUCAAUGGUGAUGGACGAACAUAUGUCAACUGGGGACAUGGACACUAGUGUUCCAGUUGUUUACAGUCGAUCACAGGCUUGAGCCUUACUGGUUUUCCAAACAUCCAAACUAAACUGAAUCGAUCCAAGGUAAACAAUUUUGGCCUUCCUUUGCACUUUGGUAAAGUGGGUUAAAAAGCCAAAUACAUUGACUUGUAGUGAUGUGAAUUGUUCAAGCUUGGAAUCUGCAGUUGUUUAGAGAGUUGGAGCAAAAAGACUCACCUUGUGUAAAUAAAAAAAAAAUCUCCUCCUUCAAUCGGCACGUCACAGUUCCUUGGACUUUUCCAUUCUAAGAAUUCGAGGAGCCAAGGACUGCUUCCAAACUACCGGUAUUUAUUUUCUCGCAGCCAAACCAUGUGAGGCUUUUCGACUUAAAACCCAGUCAAGAACCUUUAGUGCCACUUAUUCAAAGAUAUGGGUGGAUGUUUAACAAUAUCUCUGUAUAAUCUUCACCCUAUGUAGAUUAGAUAAAUUGCUACAUAAAUGACCUGCUCACUCAAUGCUUGUUUACAAAAAAAAAUGUAUGCCUUGCAAAUGUAAA